AUAUGGAUAACAGCAUCGUCGUGAUGGCUGUUGGUUCAAGGACAUACAUACUUAAGGCUUGGUUGGCCGGGCUUAUUGUUGUGUGACGGUGUGUAUCAAACAAGUUCAAUUUGACUUAAUAUUGCAAAGGUCGAUAAAAUCAUUGAAACUCUUACCAUUCGAUUUCGGGUUGGAGCCAAACCACCCACAAGAAACCAACCAACAAACCCGAGAAACAAGUGGACUUAACGAUCGAAAGAUGGAUCUGUAUGAAAUUCUCUCCAUCGUACGGAUCGUGCUGGUCCUGCUGGUCGCCGUGCCCGCCCUCGUCUUCUUCGGCCGCCUUCUUCGCCAGCCGGGCUACCGCCACGACAACACCCGCCGAUGGGUCGACCAGACCAAGAUCGCAACUGGUCUUUGGGGACUAGCCCAGCUUCUGAAAGUACUCGAGCUCAUCAUCUAUGUCGCGACCUCUUUCGACAACUACUACGCGCGGCAAGCCUACUACGUCUUCUACCACACCAGCUCCCUCCUCGACGUCUGGGCCGUCAUCGUCAUCUUCCUCGCCCUCUUCUACCUCGCCCACGCCCUGACGCAGCUCCGAACCGAGAGCCAGGAGGAGUCGGCCGCCUACCGCAAGGGCCGCCGGGUCGUCCUUUGCGUGUCCGGGCUCCUCCUCCCCCUGAACCUCGCCCGGUGGUGUCUGCACCUGGUCGACGACCUCGCGGGGGCCGACCAGAGCGUCCGCAACCGGAUGGCCGGUCUCAUCGCCAGCUGCUUCGACGUCGCCAUCGCGGGUAUCCUCUUCCUAUGCGCCAUCGGCUCCGUCGUCUACUCGGCCAAGUCGCGCAAGAAAUCUUUCGGCAGCCCGCUGAAAAAGGCUGGCACCCUCCUCGUUGCCUGCUCAUCGCUCUACCUCGUGCGUGAGGCAUGGCAGUUUGUCGCCUUUUUCUUUGGGCUGUUUGGCCUCUUCAGCAUCAUCGACGUUUUUUUGGGCUGCUGGAUGACGUUUGUCAUCUUGACCAUGCUCUACCUCUUGGGCGCCAAGUCGCAUUACUCGCUCUCCAAGGUUCACUAUCGGUCGAGCGCCACGAUGGAUGGCCAGGCCAUUUAAUGGUCUCUGACUCUUGGGAGCAACCAUGUCACGGGAGAUAAUGAUGAUAGAGCUUUCGUAUGCACAUAGAAAGGGAAGGGGAUUUGUUGCUUUGAUGUACAAACUCCGGAGACGCGUUACGAAGUAGAGAAAUUAUAGAUUACAGAUAGACGGCUGGAUAUACCCAUGCUUUGCUCAUGAAGUAAUACAUUGCACAACCACAGUGAUUACCACCCCCGACGUGCUCAAUUCGGUUCAUAUGUGCCAGACUACUUUUGCCGUCCGAUGAAUCCCCCAGACGUUAGGCUUAGGGAGUACAGGGCCUCUCGAGACCGCAUCAGAAACAGAUAGCAGAACCCGUUCAUUUGAUAUAAGUGAAAGAAUCCCGCUGUGUAGCCAGAAACCUGGGCUGCAUACUAGCUAAUACUGCAUGCAACUCCAAGGAUUAUCAGCACAAUACAACGUGAAUAAUGCAGGAAAAGUAUGGAGGAUGGACCGAACAUGGCGACUUC